AUGGCUAGGGCGUCCCCCGUAGGCGACGCGCGAGGACAUCGCCGUACACUCGUGAGAAAUGGACAGCGGCUACCGUAUCAAGAGCGAAUACGGCUAAAGAAGUUAGCUCAAAGGAGGGGGGAGAGGCAGAAGAAAGAAAAUGAGACGAUAGGUUUGAAGAUUGGAACACUGAAUGUGGGGAGUAUGACAGCGAGGAGCCACGAACUGGUGGACCUGAUGGAGAGGAGAAAGAUAAGAAUCAUGUGCUUGCAGGAGACAAAGUGGAAGGGGAGUAAGCCCAAAGAACUUGGAAACGGAUUUAAACUGUUCUACACAGGAGACGAUGGAAGAAAGAACAGAGUUGGAAUUGUUUUGGAUGAGGAACUCAAGAAGGGGGUACUAGAAGUGACAAGAUCUUCAGACCGAAUCAUCUAG